AGGGGGCGGUGCCUAUGCUGAGCAGCGUGGCGGAUUGUGCGCGACUGCCGGUUCCGGAGGAGGGCGGAACCAGGUUGGGUGGAGGGGAAUGUGGUUGGUAACCUGGCAGCCUCCGAGAGAGAGAAGAUUAUAAAUGCCAGAGCCAUUUAACUGAUGGUUAGCUGUUGAAUUCUGACACUUCUUUACCUUCUUGCACCAAGGUCUUCACUGGGAAGAAUUCAGGAAAAAUAGCAGUGGAAAAGAGAGUCAACACAUGUACCAUGGCUAUACCUAUAACAGUGCUUGAUUGCGACCUCUUACUGUAUGGCCGAGGUCACCGGACAUUGGACCGUUUUAAGUUGGAUGAUGUGACUGAUGACUACUUGAUGUCCAUGUAUGGGUUUCCUCGACAGUUCAUUUAUUACUUGGUGGAGCUCUUGGGAGCGAGUCUUUCUAGACCUACUCAGAGAUCCAGGGCUAUUAGCCCAGAGACACAGAUCCUUGCAGCACUGGGUUUCUAUACUUCAGGUUCCUUCCAGACUCGCAUGGGAGAUGCUAUAGGAAUCAGUCAGGCAUCUAUGAGUCGAUGUGUUGCCAAUGUCACCGAAGCACUUGUGGAAAGAGCCUCACAGUUCAUUCGCUUUCCAGCUGACGAAGCCUCCAUUCAGGCUCUGAAGGAUGAAUUCUAUGGAUUGGCUGCGAUGCCAGGAGUAAUAGGAGUGGUUGACUGUAUCCAUGUGGCAAUCAAGGCACCAAAUGCUGAAGACCUCUCCUAUGUGAACCGCAAAGGUCUGCAUUCUUUAAACUGCCUGAUGGUGUGUGACAUCAGAGGCGCACUAAUGACUGUGGAAACAAACUGGCCAGGCAGCCUACAGGACUGUGCUGUGCUGCAGCAGUCUUCUCUCAGUAGUCAGUUUGAAGCUGGAAUGCACAAAGAUAGCUGGCUGCUUGGUGACAGUUCCUUCUUUCUCCGUACCUGGCUUAUGACACCACUUCACAUUCAUGAAACUCCAGCUGAAUAUCGCUAUAAUGUGGCCCACUCUGCAACUCACAGUGUGAUUGAGAAGACUUUCCGAACCCUCUGCUCCCGAUUCCGCUGCCUGGAUGGGUCCAAGGGGGCACUACAGUAUUCACCAGAGAAGUCCAGCCACAUCAUCUUGGCUUGUUGUGUCCUCCACAACAUCUCCUUGGAGCAUGGAAUGGAUAUUUGGUCCUCUCCAAUGACAGGACCCAUGGAACAACCCCCCGAGGAAGAGUAUGAGCACAUGGAGUCCCUGGACCUAGAGGCUGACCGGAUCCGUCAGGAGCUGAUAUUCACUCAUUUUAGCUAAUGUGAAA